AUGCUCAGUGGUCCUGUCUCUGGUACCCAGCAGGUCGGGAGCGAUACGCAGGUGCAUCGGAUAUCGUUUGUACAGGCCCCCUCUGCUAAUAAAUUGAAUCCCAGCAUUGCUUCCAUACCGACUCUAUAUCCCUUGGCUGCGGCAACAGCCGACAUCCGAUGCCCUGCCAAAAGAUACAGUGCUGGCAAUGCGGUGACUAGGUACAUGUAUAAUGGCAUGGGCCUCCCGGAGAAAGCCACCCGCCGUGGAACAGCAAAGUGCGUGUCGAAAUUCCGACGCAACCAAGGCAAGACAUUCUUGGUGGGAGGUGUUUCUAGCAUCUACGGCGAGGACAUGCCCGUCUCAGGCUGUGUGGCUGCGCCCAUGCGACUGCUAGACAUGCAAGGAGCACGAAACGCUUCUGUCAGCUCCCAUAACUCGUAUAUCCAUGUUCCUUGCCUUGCAUUGCUAGCCCAGGAGGUUUGA